AUGAAAUCAUGUAAGGAGAAACCGGGUGUUGUUUUGCCCAUAGAUUUAGUUUUUGCUACCAAAUUUUUGGCCGUCUAUUUAUUUAUCAAGGUCAAGGGCUCGCGCCCCAUGACAUAUCAGUAUUUAAAGGUGGAAAUGGUUAACAAAGCCAAGACUAACGGUGGUUUUAUAAACCAGAAAAUGUUCAAAACAGCUGGCAAAUAUGGCUUCGAUUCUCUUUACCUGACUGAGACGAGCAUGAAAGUGUUGGAUGGCUACAUCAACCACAUUCGCCCCCUACUCAGACCGACUUGCGACUCUGUAUUGGUGACGAGAAAAGGAGGGCAGCACAACAAGCUGGGAGAGCUAAUGAGUAAACUGAUCUUCGAUGCAACGGGCAAAUACAUUCACCGACUCGUUAUCGACAGAUUGUGGAGACCGCGAGUUCCAGGCAGCUGA